AAUUUCUCUCCCUGCUGUGUUUAUAGAUUUUGCAACGAUGAUGUCACUUAAAUUAGUUCCACCCCUUCUCAUUGGUCUACUUAUUGUUAAUGGAGUUGGAGCUCAGUAUGAGUGGGAAGUGACUUACAGAACUAAAUCUAUCUGUGCUCUAAAGGGGUCUACAGUGAUCAUGGACUGCACUUACUCAUAUCCAGCGGGUCACACAGUCAAAACAGCUUUCUGGACAAAAUCCCUGCCACCAGCUGCAGGUGUAGAACCUCCUGAUCUGUUAGAUGAUCCAGAGUACAGAGACAGGGUUCAGUACGGUAAUAACCACAACUGCAGACUCAGCCUGAGAGAUGUGAGAGAAAACGACCAGAGUAAAUACUACUUCAGAUUUAUAACAAAGAAUCCUGAAGGAAAGUAUCAGGGUGCAGAUGGAGUUGAUCUUUCAGUAACAGGUCUCCAGGUGGAGGUUCCUGAGAGAGUGAUGGAGGGAGAUAAAGUCACUCUCACAUGUAAAACUACCUGCAGUCUGACUGACAGAACAUCAUUCACCUGGUACAGAAAUGGAGCUCCUUUAUCCUCCAGUACUGAAAAACUCUACCUGCAGUCGGUCAGCAGGGAGGAUGCAGGCAGGUAUAGCUGUGCUGUACUGGAUAAGAAUCUUCACUCUCCUGAAGUCACUCUUAAUGUUUUAGACCUGCAGGUGGAUCUCCAGGUGGAGGUUCCUGAGAGAGUGAUGGAGGGAGAUAAAGUCACUCUCACAUGUAAAACUACCUGCAGUCUGACUGACAGUUCAUCAUUCACCUGGUACAGAAAUGGAGCUGCUUUAUCCUCCAGAACUGAACAGCUCUACCUGCAGUCAGUCAGCAGGGAGGAUGCAGGCAGGUAUAGCUGUGCUGUACUGGAUCAGAAACUUCACUCUCCUGUGGUCACUCUUAAUAUCAGAUAUCCUCCAAAGAGCGUCUCAGUGUCCAUCAGUCCCUCUGGUGAAAUAGUGGAGGGCAGUUCAGUGACUCUGACCUGCAGCAGUGAUGGAAACCCACCUGUGGAAUAUAACUGGUAUAAAGGAUCAUCAUCAGUAGCAACAGGAAAGACCUUCACACUGAACAAGAUCAGCUCUGUGAACAGUGGAGAAUACAAGUGUAGAUCCAGUAAUAAACAUGGAGAGAAAUACUCUGAUACUGUAACUCUGAAUGUUCUGUAUCCUCCAAAGAACAUCUCAGUGUCCAUCAGACCCUCUGGUGAAAUAGUGGAGGGCUGUUCAGUGACUCUGACCUGCAGCAGUGAUGGAAACUCACCUGUGCAGAAAUACACCUGGUUUAAAGAUGGUGGAAGCUCACCUGUAGGAUCUGGACACAGUUACAGCUUUACCUUGGACUCUGAAAGCAGUGGUCAGUACUACUGUGAGGCUCAGAAUGAACACGGAUCUAAAAGAUCGGAAGCAGUGCUGCUUAGUUUCAAAGGGAAUCCGAGUGUUACUCUGUAUGUGAUUGGUGGAGUCGUGGUCGGGGGUGUUGGCUUGACCCUCCUUCUUGUCAUUUACAUGUACUGUACUAGAGAGCACUGUACUUCAUAUAUACUUUGGAGAAAGAGAAGAGGUCCUGUAACUGAAGACCCCAAAACAAAACAGGAAAACAUCAACAGCAGUGUAGAAGUUGAAGCUACAUCAAAUGACCCACCAGCAGAUGCAGCCAACCAAGAUGAUGGUCUUUAUGCUAGAGUAGAACUCCUCAGACCCCAGAAAUCCAGGACCGAAGAGUGCUCCGCAGUUUCCCAUGAGGAGGUUCAGUACAGUACCAUCCAGCACCACCAUGUUCAAGAGGCAAAGAAGACUGGAGAAGAAUAUGAUGUUCAGUACGCUAGUGUCAGCUUUUCCUGUACUACUCCGGAUUACAGGUGUUUCCACAUUUAAACAGUAUUAUAAAUGCUUAAACAUUGCCUACUACUGGUGACCUUGGGAACUGUUCAUGAAAGCAGACUUGGGAGGUAGUAGAGAACUAAAUUAGCAGUUAAGAUUCGUUUUAAAUGUUUAUUAAAUGUGUUUAAGUGGUGGUUGGGUUUUUAAUGCUUUUCAUCUUUUUUUACAUUUUAUAUUUUAUGUGUACUGUGUUGGAAAAAAAAACAGAAACAAUUUACAUAGCUGUGAAGGCCUCUAGUUCAUUAGCAGAGCUGGUUACAUGAGUUCAUUAAUAUAACCUGUUUUUAAAUAUACUAAGCUUUUUACAAGUGUAUCCAUGUUAAACAGAAUACAUUAUAAAUUCUUAAACAGUGCCUACUAUAUGUGACCUUGGGAACUGCUCAUGCAGGCAGAUUAGGGAGGAUUCUCUCAGCAAAGUAGCUAAACAGAUUUAAGGAGUUAUUUUGGAUUUUUUGGAUUAAAACAUAUAUAUCAUAUAUUAAAAUCAUGUUAAAAUUAUAUUUUUGUGCCUUUGUGAUUUAAAAUAAAACAUGAUUUUUUUUAUAAAAUGCGUUUUAUCUUAUUUUAUAUUUUAGGUGUUUUGUAUGAGGGGAAAAAAUAAAUCAUUUCCAUAUACUCAUAAAAUCAAUCGUGCUUUUGUGGCUUAUUUAAUUUUCUCACAGGUUUUACUUUUAAGACCAGAUUUUGUUUUAAUAUAAUUUAUGGUUACUUAUUUUAAACUACACAUUUAUAUUCUUGUCUAUGAGCAUUUAAUGUCCUCUGUGCGGGUUUGAAUACUGCAAAUGUAACUGUAAGUAGGCUAAUAUUAAUAUAAUUUAAUUUCUCUUCACCCUGAAAUGUGUUAAAUGUAAUAAAGCAGGACCUUUUAUAUAAUUUAUCAAAACAGCAUUAAUUUUUUACCUUCUUGUGGAAAACACCUUCUACAAAAACGCGUAUAAUUAGAGCUAUUUUAACUGACGGUAGAUUACCUUCAUUUGUGUGUUCUAACCAUUUAUUUUCCUUUAUUUUGAGAUUUUUUUCACUCAGCAGUAUUAUGAUUAACUUCUAUCACUUCUAUCUCUCCUAAAAUGUGCAUUAUGAAGAGAAUUAAAGAUCUAAUCUGAUGAUAAUUUAAUUUCUUCUUCCACUCGUUCAGGAUGGAAGCUGAGGAGAUUAGCGUUAGCUAACUAGCCCAGUUCCAUGUUUACACUGUAUGAGGAGAGAAAUCCCGUCAGAAAGUUGAAAUGAUGUUUUGUAAGCUUUGUGUAAAGCGGUCAGCAGUUCACAGCGCGGUUCUGACAGACUUUUAGUGGUUAAUAUUUACAGAAAACUCUCUAAAUCACUCACAUUUCCUCCAUUACUGCUGUUCUGUCAGGAGCUGCGAGUUCGGUUGCUGAGCAACGGCGCCGCGCGCGCGGCUGAUAAAGCGCGGGAAAGCAGCUGCCUGUAGGCUAAUGGUGAAGAUUUAGAGCAGGUUAGCUCCAAACAACACGACUUUCCACAGCAAAUCCUCUCAGAUUCAGAGCCGCUUUUCUCUCCAUAUAAGAUCAGCUCACUCAAACACACCUGCCUGAAAUGACUCACCUGUUCUACAGAGUUUAUGGGGAAGAAUUCCUCACACUAAAUCACUGCAGAACGCUAGAGGGAGCCCGCGAGAGAGACCAAAAUGAAUGGGGGUGAAUGGAGCUAAACGGCUAAAAACACAAAUUAAACAUAGUAACUCUACACUUAACUAGGAUAUUCCUU